AUUUAAAUAAAUAUCAGAAGAUUAAAUUUGGUCAUGAUAAAUUUAAGUGAUUCUCAUUUGAUGCAAAGAUAAAGAAAGGUUAUAUCAAGUUUUAAGAUUCUAAUCUCGCUAACAUAUAAACAACAAAUAAAAUCGAAAAAGCAAGAAUAGGUAGAAAAGUAUUAAAAUAGUAUUCUUAAGUAAUUUAACGAUCAACAGGGUACGUUAUGGUGAUAAAAAUAAGCCAAUUUAGUAUUAAAUUAAAAAGGCUUAAAUUUCAAAUACAUUUAAGUUCAAGAAUAUAUUUAGAAAUACAUACUUGUCAGCGUUUUGGAAUAAUUAAUAAUGACUUAAUCCAAAAAUGAUCAAUCUGAAUAGCAUUUAUUAAUUAGCGAAUUUCUAU